AACCACCGAUUCUUCCUUGGCUUCCGCGAUACCACGAUGUGUAAAACUCUGACCAUGAUAGUCAGCGAGAUGGUAUCUGUCCGAACGAAACUGCCUGCGAGCACUGACGGUGCCAACGGUUUGCAGAUGGAUCGAGCUUCCGUUCUUCAAUGAACGCUUAACGGGGGUUCAACGAACGGAAGUAAGAGCACGCCACCAGGUACUUUGAAACGUUUAGUCCGUUCCCAUGUAUUCCCACAGUCGAUCGCGCACUAGAGAAAUUAGCCGUGAGGCCUUUGCAGCGUCUUGGCAAUGUCAAACGGCUCGUAUUGACCUCAGGUAUUUAUUGCAUCCUGGUUUAAAAUUAUGUAAAAUUGAAGCGUCAACAAAUCGAAUUUCCAAUCGGACAUAUGUGUACAAGAUUAAGUUUUGUUACAGCUACGUGCGAGGUUGAACAUGCUAUUGUGUAUAUAUCUAUGAGUCAUUAAUGGAAGGACGUGUCCAUUGUUUUCAUUCAUGUAUAAUAUAAGAAAACAGAGACGGACGUGGAUGACAAUGAAAUCCAACGAUUAUUGAUUAUCAGCUAAUUUACUUAUGACGUGUCCGCUUCGAAUAUGCAUAACGCGAGUAACAUAUAAAUACGAAAAAACCGGAAGACCGAGGAAAGUUUUCACGAUCGAAGGAAAAUUUAGUAAGUUAACCGAAGCUGUGGAAUUUCGACAUUUUCACUGAGCACGAAAUUAAUUUCGUAACGCUGUCGCUCUCCGCUUUUAGUGGGUACCCGGGUUCUUUAAAACUCUUACUAUUCCAUCUCCGCUUGCGUGACUCUGUAUUAUGUGACGUAAUACGCUCUAUGUAUUGUGCUAGGAUAAGGUAACUGGUUUCUCGAGACUCGCUAUACAUUAAUACCGGUUGUGUGGCUAUGGAAUAAAACAGAUUUGCCGAGAUUCGAAAUUUCCAUUAAAUUUAAAUAAGAAAAGGUUCAGUUUCGACGCGAGCGAAUUUUUCAGCUUUUAUGGAAACGUUCUUACUUUGUUGCUCGGGUUUACAUCGAGACGGACAAAUUAAUAAGCACGUGACACGUCUGCAUAUUCAAAGGAUAUGAUAUUGAUUUGGCAAGGGAAAAAAAUGUCUCCAGGACCUUUUGUCACCAUACGUCGUUGUCAUCGCGUAGUCUUAGUUGUACUAGGUGCGACAACAGUAGUUACUUUUAUUUUUACGUCAGAAAAAAUUCCACGAAAUUCGUAACCAGACGCAAUAGAUACUUGCUGGUACCAUAGUAUACUAGACGCAGUUUUCAACUUCUAUUUUAUUGACGAACGACAACGAAGUGAGAGACAACUUAAGAAAAUUCUUUCAUCCGUUACACAGGACUCUAGGAGACUUAUUCAAUCUCAUAAAACAUAUGCCAAUCUACUGUAGACCACUACAUUGACAAGCCAGCACGAGUCAUGAAAUUUGGAUUGUUCAUACUGUUCUUAUGCGUAUAUUUAAAUGGAGUCACGGGAAUUUGUAUAGCCCCGACGCCACUGACGUUGCAAAUGAUUUUGGAAUAUGCCAAAUGGCGUUCGCUGGAACAAAUUGUCCUGUUUGACAAUAUCGGUCCGAUAAAUUGCGCUAUGAAUUACGCAAAGCCGCUCAUCCGGUGUUUGCAAGACAGAGGAAUCAGCCUGUCCAUCCAAUCAGCCAAGAAUCCAAAACUAUCGGAAGCACUUUUCAUAAGACGCGACAGGAUAGGCUCGAUCGUCCUGUUGGACGGGCAGAAUCUCACGUCGCCAGACAACGUAUUGCAAUUGGCCUCCCAGAAGUUAUUGUUUGACUAUUAUAGAUCAUGGUUUUUAAUCACCGUGAGAAAUACAGACACGGUCAUUGAUUCUCUAUUGCGUGAUUUGAAUAUUGGUAUCGAUAGUGACGUGGUAAUCGCCACAACUUCACUCGCGCCACACGAGGCGGCCGCCGUCACUCAUUCCUAUUUGAAUAGAACUUGCUUCAACUUACGGAACUACAGCAGGACUUUCAAGUUUCGCAAUAUCAAAGGUCGCAAGCAAGACGAGAAUUCGAAAAAGAAUUUGGAUUAUGUCAUUAUCAAGAACAACACGGUUGUCUUCUAUUUGAUUCACAUUUACAAAAUCCGAAAUUCGGAUAAUACCAGUCUUGUCGUUACUCCAUUGGGACAUUGGAGUCCUGGUCUUCACAGUCUGAAGCCACCCGUGAGCGUAAAGCUGCGCAAUGACUUCAACGGAUAUCCCAUAAUAGUCGGAGUACUUAACGGAAGUGAGAAUUCGCAGACGGAAAAAAUCAGCGAAGAGGAAACCAACGACAUAGUUCCGCUUCUUGAAAUUAUAACGUUCGUGGCGAACAGCAUAAACGCCAGCAUCGAUCUCGUGUCCCACGAAAAACUUGGAACAAUGACGAACAAAGCGUGGAGCGAUCUGUUCGGUGACGUCGUAUCCGGUACCGUGGACAUCGGGCUGGGAUACAUAACCAUUAAUGACGAACGUCAGCGAGAAAUGAGCUUCACUUAUCCACUUAUUCGAUCUAUGAGAAACAUUUACUUUCAUCCACCGGAAUCGGGCUCGAUGCGCGACAUUUUCCUGCGACCUUUCAACAAUAAGCUGUUGAUGUGCGUCGCCAUGACGUAUCUAAUGAUCGUACUUGCAAUGGGGGCAAUCAAUUACACGGUCAGGGCUUCCGCUCAGUUGGAGGAUGAAAAAAAUGCAGGCCUCGGGGAAGCCGCACUUUGGUGUAUCAGUAUCAUGUGCAUGCAAGGUUCACCAUGGAUGCCGGUCAGUCCUUCUGGAAAAAUUGUACUCAUGUCCAGCUUGAUAUUCGCUUUGGUCACCUACAACGCGUAUGCCGGCUUCAUCACUUCCAUCUUGUCCGUCCAAGCGAGCGGGAUUCGCACGCUUUCGGAUCUUUUGGAAAAUAAUUUUUUGCUCGGAUACAGUUUUAGCGAGGACGAAUAUAUUCGCAACGCCAAUGACAGCAAUCUUCGGAAACUUUAUAUAAAGGCAUUUAACAAUCGGGAAUCUCGGUUGGAUACUAUACUGGGACUCAAGAAAGCUGUCCAGGGUAGUUACGGAUUUUUCGUAAGCGCCACCAUGGCGCGACGAGCGCUUCGAACGACGCUUCUGCACGAUCGCUGUUCUAUUAAGGAAUUGGUACUACCGCAAACAUUCACCAAAGUGGCGUUGCCAAUGUCGCAAUAUUCUCCGUAUAUUAAAAUCAUUAAUUUAAGUAUCCUUCGUAUGAAGGAACGUGGGGUACUGGAAAGGAUCGGAGAGAGGAUGCUGCCAGGGAUGCCACAGUGCGAAGCUCCGACGACGUUUCACUCGGCGAGAUUCGCUGACGUUUAUUCGGCCUACGUGAUCCUGGUGGCGGGUGUUGUUACGGCUUUCGGACUUGGAAUCCUCGAGAGGUUAUGGAUCAAGAGGCGUUACGUCAAGAAACACAUAAUGCAUAGAGUCAAUAUACGUCGACGUGAAAAUCCAAUUUUGUUACCUGAUAAUACUACGGGAUCGACAUUCGUAGAAACGAGUACGAAUGUUCCUGAAAAUUUGUUACUCGGCACUCACGAAUCCCUGAACCCUCCAAACGUACCGAUGGACAAUUCGAUUUUGAGAUCCAGAUCACCAAGGAUUCCAAACGUCGAGAAACAGUUGACGGAAGGUACGGAUUCAACUUCCAAACGUAAUUUUCGAUCUAGUAUUAAGUAUAGCUCAUCCACUUCGGAAGUUACGGUAUUUCCAUUUCAAGAUUAAUUCAUUUAAUUAAACGAGUAGAAGAGCUUUUACUCUACCGGUAAUACUUUAUU